AUGGAAGAUGCAGUUUCUGAGUUCUUUGGUGAAUCUUCUGCAGAAUAUAGAAGGAAUGAAUAUGAAGAUGAAGUUGUUAUGGUGGAGGAUGAUGAUGAAGAUGAAGAAGAAAGGGAGACAUUUAUGGAGGAAUCAGAGAGCAGGUUCUCUGAUCCUUCUGCGGAAUUGGAGAGUGAAUUAAAGCAUGGACACAAGCUUCAUCCUGCUGCAAGGUGCUUCUGGAGAGCUGCAGGCAACACAAGGUUCACGAUCAAGAUAGUAUUUGUCAAAUUCUACUAA